AUGCCGAUAGUUCGGGCCGGGCCGAACACAUCGACGUGGCAGUGCCCGCCGGCCCCCGCCCUCCACCCGUGCGAGUCGAGGCGGUGGGAACUGAGCCAACUACGCAAUCCGGAGGCCUUGAGCUUGGACGCAUCUUGGGCUCCGGUCCGACUUGGAAAGUGGACUGGCACCGGCGAGCUCUGCGCUGUUAAGGAGUUCGACCUCUCUGCGACCGCCCGUGCCGACAUGAUGCAUGAGGCACAGCUCAUGGAACAAUGCUCGCAUCCCCACAUUGUCAGGAUCCUGGAUGUGCGCGAAGACGGGCUUCGACUGCGCCUUGUGCUCGAGCUGUGCGAGGGACCAACUCUCCAACGGCUCCUCGACCUGCGCGGUGCCCUCCUCGAGGCCGAGGCGAGGCGCAUCUUCUCGCAGGUCUGCUCCGCGCUCUGCUACCUCCGCGAGAACCUCAUCGUGCACCGCGACGUCAAGCCGGCGAACGUGGUCCUCCUGCACGCCGUGCCCGACCACCGCCGCUCGCCGCUCGCCGGCUGCGUGAGCAAGCUGAUCGACUUUGGCUCGGUGCACGGCCAUGAGACAUGGGCGGCACUAGACAUGGACGGUUCGCUCGACUUUGAUGGCCGCACCCACGCCGCUUCGUGGCAGAACACCACCUAUCUACCCAGCAGUCCGGUCCGUCAGCGCGACUGGGCGUUGCAGUCGGCGAGUGUUGCGGAGGAGCGUACCAUCGCGGUGACGCCAGUCGGAACCCGCCACUGGCGCGCGACAGACCCGCCCUGCGGCGCCCUCCCGUCGCGCCCCCUCUUUAUCGUGCCAGUCGUGUCGCACUAG